UGCACGCCCAGUACAAAUGCAUCUACAUGAUGUAGCGUCAAACACGAAGCAUAUCUUCUCUUUAAAGAUGCUACAUAAAUCUAAACUUUUGAACUAUGCCAGAGUUCAUAGUGACGCCUGCAGACCCACCGCUCCAGCUGAUUUCUAUAGACUCUGCCAUGGACGCCCCGGAGACAAGGAGCUCCCCCGGCGGGGGUCCUGCAGCCUCGCCCGCUUCAGAGACCCCCAGCCUGGAGGUGGCUUUCUCUCCAGAGCGCUGCAGCUCGCCGCCGCAGACCCUCCGCUCUCGCCGAUGCCCGCCCUUCUCUUGCGGGCUGCCGUUCUCGGUGGAACCCGUACUGUUCCUUUCCAUGUUCUCCUUGGCCCUGCAGGCGCCGCUCUGCACUCAGUAUGUGUGGGACCGCAUCAGCGCAGACCUGGGCUACAACGGCACUCGAGGCGGAGGCUGCAGCAACCACACCGGGCCCCCGGACCCGCUGCAGAAGGAAGUGGAGACGCUGACGGCUCACUGGAGCCUCUAUAUAAACCUGGGUGGAUUCGCGGUGGGGCUGUUUUCCGUGACGCUGCUGGGUCCCUGGAGUGACCGAGUAGGGCGCCGGCCGGUCCUCAUCUUCCCGAGCCUGGGCAUGGCGCUGCAGGCCGGGGUGUACCUGCUGGUGAUGUACCUGCGAAUGCCCGUGGCCUGGUUCCUGCUGGGUCACCUCCUGAGUGGGCUGACCGGGGAUUUCAGCGCUGUGCUGGCCGGCUGCUUCGCCUACGUGGCCGACACCAGCGACCGGCGAUCGCGCACUUUCCGCGUGGCUGUUCUGGAGGCCUGCUUGGGGGUGGCCGGGAUGCUGGCGAGCAUUGUGGGGGGUCAGUGGCGGCGGGCACAGGGUUACAUCAACCCUUUCUGGCUAGUCCUAGCCACCAAUCUGGCCACAGCUCUCUACGCUUACUUUUUCGUGCCGGAGUCGGUGGUACCCGAUAAAGAAGCCCGGCUGUUCUCCGCCGAGCAUUACAAGGCAGUUUACAGGCUGUACCGCUGCCCUGGGGAGCAGGGUCGACGGUCCAAGCUGUGGCUCUAUGCUGUCUCCCUGUUCGUUGUGGUCACCGUCCACUUUGGAGCCAAGGACCUGUACGUGCUGUAUGAACUGAGUUCGCCUCUGUGCUGGGGCUCUGCCCUGAUUGGCUACGGCUCGGCCGCAGAGCACCUGACUUACCUGAGCAGCCUGGCCAGCCUGCGGGCUCUGCAGGUGUGUCUGGAGGACACUUGGGUGGCCAUCAUUGGCCUGGCCUCCAACAUUGCUGGCCUGGUGGUCAUCUCGCUAGCCAACACCAUGGCACUCAUGUUUACAGGUUACGGCGUACGUUUCCUUGCCAUGGCAACAACCCCUGUGCUCCGGUCGAAGCUGUCCAAGCUCGUGGAUGUAUCUGAGCAAGGAGCUCUGUUCGCCUCUGUGGCCUGCGUGGAAAGCCUGUGUUCGCUGGUGUCGACGGGCUUCUUCAACUCUCUCUACCCUGCCACUCUGCACAUCAUGAAAGGGCUCCCCUUCCUGGUUGGGGCAUGGCUGCUCCUCAUCCCCGCUGCAAUCAUUGGCGCUGUGAGGUGCAGGGAGGUGGACCGCGAUUACCAUCUCUUCUCAGGUGGGUCCUGAUUGUGUUGCUGUGAGCCAGUGGCCAUUUGAUUUG